CAUAAAACAAAGUUAAUUUAUGUUAUUAUUUUUAUAUAUUCCAAUUAAUCAUUAGUAUAUUAUCACAAUUAAAAUGAGUUUGGCGAAUUCCAGUAGGUACGUAACGCGAUUCUGGCGCGUGUACAGGGGUUACAGCAGACCUAACCUUAAACAACAAAUAAAUAGAAGUUUCUGCGCUUUAACAAAAACAAAUGAGAAUGAAGAUCCGAUUAAUUUGUUGUGGAACUGUGGGCAUCAAUCAUACAAUGAAUCGUUGUCAGAGAGGAUAAACAAAUUGCAGAGAGUAUGGCGGACACUGAACACAUCCGAGUUGGAGCUGUGCAAGGCUUAUUUGAAAGUCAGCAUGGAGAAUGAGAUGAGUGUGGAUCAUAAGGAAUUCUUAACAUCUCUAAAGUGUAAACCUGACGAGGAGAUUCUUGUGCUUCUAUUGGAAGCAGUUUGUAUGAAGGGUGAUGUGCAGAGUGCUGUAGAUGUGUUAGCUGAGAUGAAAUUGGCUGGAGUGGCUGUGGAUGAGAGGAUUUUCAAUGCGCUUUUGUUGGCGCACAUAAUCAAAGGCGGAAUGGAGCAUGGACGUUCCGUUUUGAAGACCAUGAAGACCGCGCACAUCGAAGAGUCGGAAAACACGAAGUGGAUGAUGUUGAAGGGUUUGGCUCAGAAUAAUAGUCUGAAGGAAUUCGUCGAUGUUUUAGGUAGUAUGCAGAAAUUGCAAUUCAAUGAGAGUAGAUUCUUUGAUCUUCUCACGAUUCUUGGAUCGCGCGGCCAUCACCUUUGGAUUAACGAUUUUGUGGACUUCAUUGGUGUGGAUUCAAUAUCUAAAGUGACUUUAAGCAAGUUGGAACCGGUCUGUGUGCAGUUGGUGCAUAGGAAAUGUCCAGAAGCUGCCUUCCACAUCUACAAAUUACUUAUAAAUCCCGAGAAUAUCAAGAAUUAUGGAAGCAAUUUGCUGCGGGAAAUGAUCAACGCCGAAAUACCAAUCGAAACGGUGAUCGAAAUGAGUAAAAGUCUGAUCGAGAACGAAUUGAAUCCUCAAGCUCUGAUCGACGUGACGGAAACUGCGCUACGAAAAGGAUUAGUUAAAGAAUCUUUGCUACUGUUCAGAAAUCUCGAUACUGUUAGGCCGCAUUUCUUUUGGCCCUUGAUCAAAAUCCGUGGAGGUGAAUUGGGCGAAGCCGGAGCCAUCGAGAUGAUGGAUGAAAUGCAGUCGCUGGACGUGGUUCUCGAUUACGAUACACUCGAAUACUAUCUGCUUCCCUACUGCGACAUUUCCAAUCCGAACUUCUUCAUGCAACGCGUUAAAUUGAAGCGGAAGGAGAUCUUGACUCCACUAGUUUCGUUGCUGCUGAAGCAGGGUAAUAUCAAGGGUGCUCGAGAUAUGAGUCAGCUGGAUGCGGUGGAUUCGGCUAGACUCUUGAAGCCUUUGUCCGAUGCUUGGAAGAAGCAUAGAGAGAGUACGUUGAUCACGGAGAUCCUGCAGAAGAUCUGCGAGUGCGCGCCGGUCAGUUCCGAUCACACCGGUACGUUCCUGCUGAGAUGCUUGAAGACCUGCAAAACCGGAGACGAUUACGACGAUUUCUUUACGUUGGCGGAGACGGUGAGGACGAAGCGUUUGACCGUAUCCUCGUUGGCUUCGGAAGAUAUGACUAAUAACUUGAAGUUUUACGGGGCCAAGUGUAAUUGCAAGGACGAUCUCUAUAAGGUUUUAGAUAAACUCAUUGAUAUUGCGAAGAACGAGUCUUUGCACAUCGAGCAUCCGCGCGACAUGGGAUUGGAGGAUUUGGAAUGCCAUUUGCAGGAGUUAACCAAUAAGGGUAUGGAAACGCGCGGGGUCAUUAGAAAAAUGAUCCAAUUGCAUGCAAGUAAAGGUAACUACAAGCGAGUGCAGGAGCUGAGGGAUUUGUUUAAGGAGAGCGGAUACGUGGAGACGGCCGGAAUGAAGUCGUCGUUGCUGCAUGUACUUGUGAAAUCCGGCGAACUGAAUUUGGCGCUCGAGGUGUACAAGGACAUCAAGAAUUCGCAGGAGGACUUCGAAAUCGAUAGUUUCAAAGCCAUCGAUUUGGUUACGCUUUUACUGCAGACUGGAGGAAACGUUUACGAAGCAAUCGAUAUCCUGAAGAUCGAGGCUAAAGUGAACAGGACGCGUGGCUCUCUGGACAGGAACUGCUGGAAGAUGUUGAAUCAGGCGCAAUCGCCCGAAGACGCUUUAAAAUUGUUCGAGUGCAUCAUCGAAAGCGGAUACUGCCAAGUCAACAACAUGAUCUUAGGACCAAUAGCAAGGAGUUUCCUGAAACAAGGUGAUUUUAAGGGGGCCGUAGAAUUCUACUGCAAAUGCACACAAGAGUACAAAUGCACUCCGCUUCAAAUGGAGAUGUUCCUUGUGUUGAUCGAAGCUAAGGAGCAGGAUUUGAUCAAUACGGUUUACGAAGCGACCAUCGAAGUGCACGGGUCUUACGGAACGCAGAUUUCGUUCGCUUCGGCUCUGGCGCAGAAGGGGUUGGAAAAACCUCUGGCGAAAUUCCUUGUGGGCAUGAAACGGUUUCGGGACCAUGAUUUGGAUAAGCGGUGCGAGAAGUGGAUCUACGAGAACAAGAUGUUACCAAUGAAGACGUUGGCGCUGGCCUCCCGCAGGAUAACGUCGCAACCCAUCAAAGUUUCCAUCAUCCAUUCGGCCGUUUUGAAAUUGUACAGUAAAACUAAUGACUGUGAAGGUGCUUUGGGCUACUUGAAAGAACUCGAGAACAACGAUAUGACCGUGGACUCUAGAUUCUACGAGGACCUGAACAGAUUGUUGACCAGGUGCAACUUCCAAGUGCCAAAAUACGUUGCUGAUAAAUGUUGAUUAUUUAAUAAAAGUUAUUGUUAAUCUU